UUCUGACGCGGUGUCGCGCGCGCCGCCAUCGCGAUUCCUAUCUAAACCAAACUAAACAGCGUAAUCGGGCUAGUCUGGACGUUUAUUGCGUUACGUUUACGUCCAAAAACAUUAUAAACCAGAUAAUCACAAUGCCGGUAACGUAAACUAAUUAACGUUUAUCGCUUGUUAAAAUGAUUGAACCUGUGGUGAAUCUUAAAGUGUUUAUGUGAGUUUUUAAUUUAAAAUGAGAUUGUUAGUAUUAGUGUUGGUCGCAUUGGCAAAAUGUGUUGCAACCUAUGAGGGACAGAAGAUCGGAGGAAUACUUUACGAAGAUGCAGUGGACAUGAAAGCGGCGUUCGCCGUGAGCGCGGAAAAGUAUAACUUGGAAUAUUCCAUAAAGGAAGUGUCGCAGAGAGGCGAUAUUCUUCAAAUUACGAAAUAUGUCUGCGAACUUGCUGAGGAAGGUGUUGUAGGAAUAAUAGACGGGAUUGGAGGGCGCGCCAGCGAGAACAUCCAAGCUCUGUGCGACCUGAUGGAGUUGCCUCAUGUGGUCGUGCAGCACAACGACUGGUAUACCAAGAGCUGGUUCAUGCUUAACAUGUAUCCCAGUCCGGAAAGUUACAAUAUGGUAUUAGAAGAAAUGGUAAAACUGAAAGAUUGGAACAAUUUCACGUUGUUGUACGUGAGGGGUCACAGUUUGAUGAGUAUGACCAACCUGAUGAUGAUGGGCAACCACAGCGAGACCUACACUGUGAGCGUCCGGGAACUUGGAGGAAAAGACUACAGGGAUGUGUUAAUCAACGCCAAAAAGAACGGCUACGUAAACUUUGUGGUCGACUGUCCAUCAAAAUACCUGGAACAGUUGUUGAAACACGCGCAGCAGGUCGGCCUGAUGGCGGACGAGCAUUCCUACAUCAUCAUGUCACCAGAUCUGUUCACACUGGACCUGAGCCGGUAUAGGUACGGGGGAGUUAAUAUGACAGGGUUUCGAUUAUUAGAUUUAACAUUCAACGAAAUGCUAUGGGAAUUCACAGACAGUUUGAACAACAAUACAGGAAAUGAGGCACUCGCUGAAGAAAUAAGGACAAAUGUGAUGCUGAUCCACGAUGCUCUGCUUGUGUUUAAUGCAUCCUUGAAGAAGGUCAAUGUCACUUCUAGUAAAUUGAGCUGUGGUGAUUCCAAUGCGUGGGAGCAUGGCUCUUCCUUGUUGAAUUUUAUGAGAACUAAUAAAAUUGAAGGCCUCACUCGAACGCUAGCGUUCGAUGGAUUUGGGAGGAGGACUGAUGUCAAGUUCGAUAUUCUGGAGUUAACUUCUGCUGGUAACCAAACGGUUGGAUUGUGCAUUUCAAAUUCAUUAGUAAUGGAUAGACCUUAUUCGCCCACUUCAGAUAUUGAUCAAGAGUCAAUACUAAGAAAUAAAACAUUGAGAGUUUUAAUUGCUUUGACCAAACCUUUCGCUUACAUAGUAAAUUCGCCACAUCAAUUAGAAGGUAAUGAUCGAUAUGAAGGUUUUGCUAUAGACCUGAUUGAGAAACUGUCAGAAAAGUUAGGAUUCAAUUACAAUUUCGAUGAAGAAUCUGACUACGGAUCGUAUGACCCCGUCAAAGGGUGGUCUGGAAUGUCUUUGCAAAUUAUAGAAGAGAAAGCAGACCUCGCCAUCUGCGAUCUGACCAUAACAGCGGAACGGCAGACUGGCAUAGACUUCUCCACUCCAUUCAUGACACUAGGCAUAGGAAUCCUCUACAAGCAGCCCAGCAAACAGCCCCCAGAAAUGUUCUCCUUUAUGGCCGUAUUUUCCAAAGAGGUGUGGUACUACAUGCUGCUCAUCCAAUUAGGGUUGGGUAUCAUCAUGAUCUUCGUGGGUCGGAUCUCGCAUAGAGAAUGGACGAACAUCAACCCAUGUGUGGAACAACCCGAAGAAUUGACCAACCAGUUCAGCUUCGCUAACUCUGUCUGGCUAAUCAUCGGCUCUGUCAUGCAACAGGGAUCCGAAAUUGCUCCUAUUGCCUUAGCUCCUCGUAUGAUAACCAGUGUAUGGUGGUUUUUCACAAUGAUCAUGGUGGCAUCAUACGUUGGAACUCUGGUGGCCUUCCUCACGGUGGAGAAAAAUGUUAUGCCAUUCGAAAACGUGCAGGAGUUGUAUGACCGCCAGAAUAUUCCUUACGGAGCCAAGAAGAAAGGUUCCACAAGACAAUUUUUUGAGAAAGCCACAGAUCCAACCUAUCAGAAAAUGUACCAAAAAAUGAGUUCAAAAGGCUGGCUCUUGGAGAAUAAUGAUAUAGGAGUAGACAUGACUGAAAAUUCCUCGUGGGCAUUUUUCAUGGAGUCAUCGUCUAUAGAGUACUACAAGGAGAGACACUGCGACUUGCUUCAAGUUGGUGGCUUAUUAGACUCCAAAAGUUACGGAAUUGGAAUGAAGAAAAAGUCGCCAUACAAGAAGUAUAUUGACGAAGCGCUGUUGCAACUGAAAGAACAAGGGGUUAUCCAGAAAUUAAAAGACCUUUGGUGGAAAGAGAAAAGAGGAGGUGGUAAAUGCGGGGAAAAAAGCAAUGAGGAGCAGAAGCAACUGGGCAUGAAGAACAUGUUGGGCGCGUUCGUUGUGCUCGGCGUCGGCAGCUUCAUAGGACUGUUUGUGUCUAUACUGGACAUGCUGUGGGGAGUCUUCAAGAGAUCCGUCAAGUAUAAUACAACCUUCAGAUACGAGCUAGUCGAAGAACUGAAAUUCGCGCUGAAAUUCAGUGGCGACGUGAAGCCGGUGAAGCGGCCACAGAAGACCAUUGAAGAGAAUGCCCAAGUGCUGGCCGAGACCGAAGGGAAGGACGAAGUGCGGUCCCUUCGCUCCAUCAAGUCUGGGAGAUCAACAGCUUCCAGAAGGACUUGUACGUCACACAGUUCCCGACAUUCAAAGCAUUCUCUCUCACCUCUCAGUAUUGCUUUUGCCAAAAGACGCCAGUACUCCAACACCGAAAUUAUAUCGAAUAUUCCAGACCAUGAACAUUUCAAAACGAUUUCGAAUUCAAAUAACAAGACAACUGACAUUAUGAUAAUGUUUUUAUUUUACGUGUGCCUGAAGCUUUGUUUGUUUCAAGUAAGAGGAGACAAAACGAUAGGUGGAGUCUUUGAUAAUGUUGGAUUUUUGCAAGAAGCUGCAUUAAAUGUUGCCAUCGCAACAGUUUCCGCGGACCAAGAAAACAAAUUUACUGCAAAAGUGAUAUUGACUCCACCCGGGGAUCUCGUAGAAGCAGAAGAUGCUGUUUGUUCACUCUUUGAGAAUACAGUGUUUGGAGUCUUUGGACCGAGGAGCAAACAAUUAAUAAAACAUGUACAAAAUAUUGUCGAUUAUUUGGAAGUGCCCCACAUUGUGAUAGACCCCAUAGAAUCACAGACUACUAAUUGGUCCAUAAUUAAUUUAUACCCACAUCAUCUUGCAUAUUCACAGGUUUUCAGGGACAUUAUUGAAAUUAAAAGUUGGACCGAAUUUACGAUUAUAUACGAAGGCACAGAACUUUUGCCGUUUCUAGAUAAUAUACUUACUAUGCAAGAUUUGGAAUCAGGGGACCAUAUCGUGAUAAAUGUUGUUCAGCUGCCAGACGGCGAUGACUUCAGACCGCAACUAAAAACGAUCAAGGCCUCAGGAUCAUUGAAUUAUCUUGUGAUUUGUAAAAACGACAAGAUGCCAGAGUUUCUAGAGCAAGCUCAGCAAAUUGGAAUAAUGUCAGACGAACAUAGUUAUCUAAUUAUGAAUCCUGACUUUCAAACAUUUCAAACAGAUAAUUAUAAACAUGGAGGAUCGAAUAUUACUGGGAUACGGUUUUUUGACCCAAGCACAGACGACAUUCAAACCUUUAUAAAGUUGGCUAACGAAAAAGUGGCAGAACUGACAGAAGGUCAAGUUACGAAUGCUAUUGUAGACAAUGCGUUGACAUUGGACAUAGCUCUGCUUCAUGAUGCUGUCAUUCUUUUCACUGCUGCAGUCGACGCGCUGGGAAUUGAAGAGGGCGCUAAUGUCACUUGUGACACUGAUGAUAGCUGGAACUUUGGUUCCUCUAUUGUUAAUAUGAUGAAAUCUUUAGAAAUCGAUGGAUUAACCGGUCGUGUAAGAUUCGAUGAAGAAGGUUUCAGAUCAAAUUUUGAAAUUGAUAUUAUAGAACUACAAACUCAUGGGUUUGAAAACGUAGCAACAUGGAGUACCGAAGAUGGCUACGAGGAUACAAGAAUAGUAAUUCCACCUGUCGAGUUGGCAGGAUCAGAUUCAAUGAAAGGGAAACACUUUGUCAUACUUACCGCACUAAGUGCUCCGUAUGGGAUGCUCAAGGAAUCUACAAAUAAACUGGAAGGAAACGAUAGAUAUGAGGGUUUCGGAAUUGAAUUGAUUGAAGAACUAGCGAUAAUGAAUGAGUUCAAUUACACCUUUGAAAUACAGGAAGAUGGUGUUUAUGGCAAGUAUAAUCCUGACACUGGAUCGUGGACAGGCAUGAUGGAGAAAGUUAUGGACGGGAGAGUAGACUUUGCCAUCACUGAUUUGACCAUCACAUCCGCUCGACAGAAAGCGGUAGAUUUCACAAGUCCUUUCAUGAACUUGGGCAUAUCCAUAUUGUACAAGAAGCCUACAAAACAACCGCCGGAUUUGUUUUCAUUUAUUUCUCCAUUUUCUCUAGAAGUCUGGCAAUAUUUAGCUGGAGCCUAUGUGGGAGUUUCCGUACUAUUAUUCGUAUUAGGAAGAAUGGCCCCAGAUGAAUGGCAGAACCCGUAUCCAUGUAUCGAGGAGCCAGAAACCCUGGACAAUCAAUUCUCUAUGGCGAAUUCGUUUUGGUUCACGCUUGGCAGUGUGCUCACUCAAGGAUCGGAAAUUGCACCAAUAGCUGUAUCCACACGUAUGGCAGGCAGUAUGUGGUGGUUCUUCACCCUGAUCAUGGUGUCGUCGUACACCGCCAACCUCGCUGCCUUCCUCACUGUUGAGUCCAAGUUCUACGCCAUCAAGAGUGUCACCGACCUAGCAAGCAACCCCUACUCCAUCACUUAUGGUGCAAAGAAGAACGGUGCUACUUUAAGUUUUUUUCAGGAAUCUGAUAAUCUGCUUUACCAGAAAAUGGCUAAAUAUAUGGAGGACCAUCCCGAACUCAUGCCUUCUACUAACGAUGCUGGUCUCGAGAGAGUGAAGUCAGACGACGAAAAUUAUGCAUUUCUUAUGGAAUCAACAUCCAUCGAGUAUAUGGUUGAAAGAAAUUGUGACGUAGCACAAGUCGGGGGAUUAUUGGAUAGUAAAGGAUAUGGAAUAGCAAUGAAAAAAAAUUCCCAGUACCGCCAGCCGAUGAGUGAAUCAAUACUCCAGAUGCAAGAAGAUGGCAGAUUGACAAGGAUGAAGAAUAAGUGGUGGAAGGAAAAAAGAGGAGGUGGUGUUUGUGCGGACGAUGACGCAGGCAGCGGCGAUGCCCAACCGUUGGUGUUAGCUAACGUCGGUGGUGUCUUCAUUGUAUUAGCUGCAGGCUCUGGCCUGGCCGUCGUGUGUGCCUUCCUCGAGAUGACGAUCGAUGUCUGGCUCAUAUCUCGGAAAUUUGAGAUUUCAUUCAAAGACGAGAUGAUUGCAGAAUUGAAGUUUAUAUUCACUUCCUCUGGCGACGUGAAACCCGUCCGACAUCGAGAACCUUCCGGAAGUGGUUCAGGGGGUUCUAAAAAGGAUAACAGAGAAGAAAACCCUGAAGAUCCAGAAGCUCUUGGUUUUGAACGAAUCAAUGAAGAUACUCUUGAUCCAGCACCUACACCCAGGUCCGAAAGGUCGACACAUUCGCAUCAUACGCUACAUAGUCGAAGACAAAGCAACGCAGUGCAAAUGGCAAAAAUGAGGAAGUUUAGCAACCGUAGUGCUCGAUUGUAAAAAAGAUUAUUAGAUUAUUUAUUUAUUUUAUGAUAUUUUACAUAUGAACGACAAUGUCUUGAUUAGUGUGACUGGGUAAAUGGUUGAUGAGAAAAUUUAACCAAAGGAAUGUACAAAUCUAUGUACAAAUCCUAUUUCUCUCGUCUGAGUGUAUUACAAGAAUGAAGUUUCGAAGACAAGUACGCCACAAAGCGUCAGAAUAAUCCACUUACUUGACCUAAUUGGACUCUCAUAUUAUUUGAUAUAUUACUUUACGACGGCUGCAAUUUUUUAUCUUUUAUACCAGGAACAGUAGCUGCAGACAUGUUUUCAGUAACUUAUACAGUAUGUACUUAUUAGUGUAGGUACUUAUAUUAAGAGCUAUCAACUCUUAAUAUAAGUACCUACAUGUAUGGCGGUAAAAUAUUCCAGAAUUCUCCUUGAUAUAUAUGCUACUCUUGUUUCACGUUCAUAACCCGAGUUGCCAGUUAAUUAGAUCCCCGUGAGAAAUGUUCUCCUGUCACCAACCAAUAUGUCCGCAGUGAAGAGGGUUGAUUGAGUGGCGGAGGCUGCGGCCUCAGAGGGCUAUCAUUGACUCCUUUGUGAUUUGGACGGCGGCUAUUGGUGUCGUCACUUUUAUGGCGAGUUAAGGAAAUGUCAGGAACUAGCCAUUUCGGUUAAGGAUCUUCAUGACGAGACACAAAAACUUUUAUGAUCUGUUUCACCACUUCCUGAUAAAAUAAUAUAUUUGUGGCUAUCCUUACUUCCAAAGGAAGAAGAAGGGAGCUCUAUUAAUCUAACGAGAUUGGUAUGUAAAUAAUCCUUAUAUAUUUUAAUACAAAGUCUUCUGCUGCGUAUGCCUGUCUGUUCGCGAUAAACUCAAAAAAUACUGGACGUAUUUCACGUGGUAUGCACCAAUAGAUAGUAGAAUUCUAGAGGAAGAUGUAUGUGUAUAAUGUAUUUACCAGAGCGAAGUCAGGACGGGCAUAUAGUAAUUUGUAUUUCUUUAUAUUUUUAAUGUCACAUUAGCACAAUCACGUUAGGCUUUUCUAUAAGCAUCGCGAAGCAUAUUCUGAUAGAUAAACAAACUUCUAGAUAAAUACAAUUUUUAACGCUAUCUGUUCGUUAUGUUAAGUACAUAUAAUGUACCAAAUACUGUAUCAGCAUGUGGUUAACAGGAUUAUAUUGUUGGAGCAGUCCUGUGUCUGCCAAAGUAUGAUAUGCAUAUGUCUACAUUUAUGUCAAAUAUUCAAUGCCGAAUUAGUAAAGAAUUUAAAUAACAAAAAUAAAAAAAAUAAUGUGCAAAUUUAAAGAGUUUUAAAGUAGUUUUUAAUUACAUCCCAGAGCCAUCUCUAUCAAUCCUUUAUAACAAACUUUUCAUUAUUUCGGUCCUCCGUUUCAGAACUCCGCGGCCCGUCUGAGGCAAAUAUUGUGUAGUGUUUCAAAGAGAAAACGGUAGAGGGCGCUUGCUUAUUCGCUUGUUGGUUGUGUCCAGCCAGGCCCCUUUGUUACGGAUAUAUACUACUGUACCGUAUACAUACGUUAUUAUACGUUGCGUCAACGUAGUACGAUACGGCUCCUUUAUGCUGCGUUGUUUUCAGGUUUAACACUGACGUGCGUUGACAUACGUCGAAUCUCCAUACCAUGGAAUUAGUAGGUACAAUGUAGUACUUACUAAAUCCAUGCUCCAUCCAGUUUUUGCGUUGACGAACGUCAAAACAACGGAACGUGAUUGAGUAAUAGGGCCGCGCUCUAGGUUAUUUAUUUUCAGAAAAAACAUUAAACAUAUGUCAAAACAAAGCUUUAGUUUCUUGUGUUUGUUAUCAUUUUAAUAUUUCUUUACAAUGAAACUAUAGAAAGAAACCUAGGCAUUAAAUUUCCUAUGUACGGUGUAUAAUUAAUUUAAAUUAUCUUAUAAUUAUAAACCGUAAAAAAAUAGCUGAAGCAAAGGUACUUAUUAGCAUUCAUUGGACAAGAAAGUAUUAAAACUUCUUGACCUUCUAAAACAUUCGCCCGGCCUUCAUCAAAGAAGUAAUCCUUCCUUUCAAGUUAAAAAAGUCAGCAUCUUUUUUGUCUUUAAUGUAAAU